GUUGCAGGUUUUGCUGCUGAGAGCAGCAGUCAGUUAGUGCGGCCACUUGAGUCACGGCUUGUUGAUCCUGAGGAGGCAAAACUAGAAAGUGAGGUUCAGAAAGGAGGCCCUGUGCACGAGGAGGAGGAGGGCAUGAAGCAGUGCCAGUUGCCCACAGCCACAUCUGCAGAACAGCAAGUACCAUGGUUUGGCUUUGAGAAAGCUUGUACAUUUGUGAGCCAGAGUGGGAAAAAUGUUGUUGUACGAUGCAAUUACUGCCUUCCAAGGAUCAAAAAUCUGAGAUCAGCUGUUUCCUCCUCAUCUAAUGUGAAGAAACAUUUUGAGAGGGCAAACCCUGAGAAGCUGAGAGCAAUUGAAGAAGCAAUAAAGGCAAGGAGACGUGGCCUUCCUGAACCAAUGCAUGACACCCCUCCUCCCAAAAUGCUGAAGCAGCAGCAGACAACCCUUGAGAGGUGGGGAUUUGGCAGGGAGCCUGUCACCCAGAGCAAUCUCGACAGGAGAAUCAUUGAUUUCAUUGUAGAGGAGACAUUACCACUUCAGACUGUGGACAAACCAUCAUUCAUUAAUCUGGUUCGCAUUGGACUCCCCAAAGAUCUCACCAUCAUAUGUGCCAAGACUCUGAGAGACAGAAUUGAGAAGAGAGCAUGCCACAUGAGAGAAACUCUUGUAAACCGAAUGGGUGCUGUGGCAUAUAUAGCAACCACUGCAGAUUGUUGGACCAAUGGCAAGAAGAGUUACUUUGGGGUAACAGCCCACUGGAUCAACCCAACUACCCUGAAACGUGAGGUUGGGGCCUUGGCUUGUAAGCGUCUGAAGGGGCGCCAUACAUAUGAUGUCAACAAAGUUAUGUGCACUACUACAGACAAUGGCUCCAACUUUGUGAAAGCGUUCAGAGUUUUCAUGGCCAAAGAACCAGUGGAAGCUGCAGGCACCAGUGACGAUGAUGGUGAUAACCAGGAGGAGGAGGAGGCUGAGGUGGAGUUUGUGCCUAUCUGUGAGAUCCUGGACACAGGACCUGAGGCAGAGGAAGAAGCUGCAGACUCAGGAGAGGAUUUUGUUUUACCACCACACCAGAGAUGUGCUAGCCACACCCUCAACCUUGUGGCAACACAAGACAUAGAGGCAAUGCUUUCUGACUCCUCCAAAAGUAGUCUCUUGGUCCUUUCAAGAAACAGUUUCGUUCCUUGAUGGGAAAGUGCAGCAAGUUGUGGUCCAAGCAGAACCAAUCAGCCCAGAUUGCUGAGUAUAUCCAUGUGCAAUGUGGUGUGUAUCUGAAGGUACUGAAUAAGACCAGGUGGAAUUCCACCUUUGAUGCGUUGAAGCAACUACAUGAGCUCCUGUCAAGUGUGCCACUAAAAAUGCAUGCCAUAAUGGACCGCUGCUCCUUGUCCAGGAUCACAGCUGCUGAGAUUGAAGUGGUACAGGAAUACACAGAGAUUAUGGAGCCACUAGCCCAGUCCCUAGAUAUCCUGCAACAGGAGAACGGCAUGUUCAUGGGGUAUUUGCUACCAACGCUCUGCAAUCUGGACCGCAAGUUAGAAGGACUGGAAAACAAACCUGAGAGGUACACAUACUGUUUUCAGCUGCUGAGAGGUGUGCACAAAGCCCUAAGAAAGCGGUUUGCAGCUAUCUGGGAGGACAAGAGGCUUCUUCUGGCAGCCUGCCUACACCCUCGCUUCAAACUAGAUUGGCUGGAAUCGUGUCAGGCCACCACCCAUACCAACAAAUACACAAUGGAAGCCUUGUUGAAAGCUGAAAUAAAGAUGGGUGUACUUAAUGAGGACAGUGAUCAGUCUUCAGAUAAAGACCAGGAAGGAGAUGACUUAGAAUAUGACUUCUUUAACUUUCUGCCCCAGGGCAAGAAGUCAGCAGUGGACACUGCUGAGGAGGAACUGGUGAGGUACCUGAGGUCUCCCAGCAGGGAAGUGUCAUCACUCCAUGGCUUUCCACGUGUGCUGCGGUGUUUUUUGCAGCACGACACAGGCAUGCCUUCAAGCGCCGCAGUAGAACGCCUGUUCAGUACUGGUGGCAACGUAAUGACUGUAAAAAGACAUUCCUUGUCUGACAUGCUCUUUGAGCAUCUUGUUCUUUUGAGACAUAACA